CACUGCUGCAGCGACGUUAAAAAAAUUAAGUCCGAUAAUUGCAAUUAAUAAAAUUAGAAAAAGCGCAGCAACAGUCAGAUAAAAUGGAGGUGGAAAGCCCGGAACACACGCGAGACUUUGCCGAGGUGGACAUCAACAACGGGGCGGCGGGAUCCGGUUCGGAAGACGAGGAGGAGGAGGUGCCAGCGCCGGGCAGCGUAACUCUGGACCGAAACGAAAGUGAUCUAUUUGUUUCGGCUUUGAGUCCCAGCAGCAUCGGGGAUAUCCAUCCGCUGCAGGAGGUGCUCACCGAGGACGGCGACUACUUCAUCAGCAUUGUGGUCUCGGAUCCGCAGAAAAUCGGCGAUGGCAUGGGCUCCUAUUUGGCCUACAAGGUGACGACCAAAACGAACAUUCCCAAAUUCAAGCGCAGCGAGUUCAGCACCCUGCGUCGCUUCAGCGACUUCCUGGGCAUCCAUGAUCUGCUCGUGGGCAAGUACAUGCGGCUGGGUCGCAUCAUUCCGCCGGCGCCCUCGAAGAACAUCAUCGGCAGCACCAAGGUCAAGAUUAGCCCGCAGCAGAGCGAGCCGGGCACCCCGAUGACCCAGGAGUGGGUGGAGAUCCGCCGGGCGGCCCUCGAGCGAUUCGUUCAUCGCACAGCCCAGCAUCCAGUGCUGCGCGUCGAUCUGGACUUUAUGAACUUCCUGGAGAGCGACCAGGAGCUGCCGCGUUCGGUCAACACCUCGGCACUCAGUGGAGCCGGCGUCAUUCGGCUAUUCAACAAGGUGGGCGAGACGGUGAACAAGAUCACGUACAAGAUGGACGAGAACGAUCCGUGGUUCGAUGACAAGAUCACCGAGGUGGAGAGCCUGGAUGCCAAUCUGCAGAAGCUGCACAAUGCCAUGAAGUCGCUGGUCACCUCGCGGCGGGAGCUGUCGCUGCUCACGGGUCUGGUGGCCAAGUCGGCGGCCAUGCUGAGCACCUGCGAGGAGCACACCGGCCUCUCGAGGGCGCUGUCCAAUCUGGCCGAUGUGGAGGAGAAGAUCGAGCUGCUGCGCUCGGAGCAGGCCAACUCGGACUUCUUCAUACUGGCCGAGUUCAUCAAGGAUUACUUGGGCCUGUUCGGUGCCAUCAAGUGCAUUUUCCAUGAGCGCGUCAAGGCCUUUCAGAAUUGGCAGUACGCACAAAUGCAGUUGUCCAAGCGGCGGGAGAACCGCGGACGCUUCGAGCUGGCCAACAGGGCGGAUAAGCUGGAUCAGGCCCAGCAGGAAGUGGAUGAGUGGCAGGGAAAGGUGCAGCGCUGUCAGCAGCAGUUCGACGACAUUUCCGCUGAAAUCAAGCGCGAAAUGGAGAGAUUCGAAUUGACCAGAGUUAAAGACUUCAAAGUAAACAUUAUCAAGUAUAUCGAAGACCAAAUGGCGCAUCAGCAACAGAUCGUCAGCUAUUGGGAGGCCUUUGCUCCGUUCGCCCGCGACAUUGUUUAACUCUUAUUCCGUUUAUCGAUGCAUUUCCAGUUACUUUUUGAAUAACCAACAGCUAUGCGCUAUUCAGCGGGACCAAAUUCGUUCUUAAUCUACCGAUUUGGAGCUACAAUUUCGCCUUCAGCACUUAUCUUGCA